CCCAGAAACAAUCGCGCCAUUGGCCAGUAGAAGCUGUGGUAAUUAGAGGUAGCCCUUUCAAUUCCAUCUAUCCAUUUAAAUAUCAAAUUAACCAAUUUAUUUGAUCCAAAUUCAAUUGGAUUGGCGGAUUCAUGAAUUGAUCCAAGGAUUUAAAUGACACAUUACGAUUUAGUACUUAUAUUUUUUAUAUUUUACAUUUUGGUACCUAAAAUUUAUUUUCUAUACGAAAUAUGUCAUUGAGCUAAAAAAAUUAUUAUGGCAUUUUAGUACCUAAACUUUUCAAAAUUUAUAUUUUGGUCCAAGGCUUGGAUGUCAUUUGGAUCCAUGGAUCAAUCCACCAAUCCAUAUGAUCCAAUCCACCACUAGGGCUGGACGUUCGGGAUCGGUUUUAUUGGUAACCCGAAAUCGGACCGAAAUUUCUGGGUUUUGGGUACCCGAGAACCGAAAUAUCAUAGUGAAAAAUGGGUCUCGGUAUCACAUGUGGCUAUUUUUUGGGUUUUGGAUAAACCGAACCCGGACCCGAAAAUAAAAGGACCCGAAGUGGAACCGAUCCUAGCCCACAGAGCCAAAUAUCACAUGGCCCAUAGCCACACAUACGGGCCAACCCAGCCUUCAGGCCCCAAGCCAAGCCGAAGUUCGGACCCCCUAGACCCCUAACCCUAAAUCUCCACUCUCCACUUCCCACUCCAGCAGCCAGCGAAAGCAACCCUCCAUUUUUUUCUUGAAUAAAGCUGCUGUAACAAAUUGUCUUCAGUGGCUGAUGGGUAUUCGGGGGACCGAACCAUACCCGAGAACCGUGGCUUCGGGUCUCGGGUACCCAAGAAACGAGUCUGGGUCGAGUAUGGUUCCUCAAACUGGGGUUUUUUGUGUCCGGGUACCCGCUUAUUUCGGUCCGGGUACUAGGACCCGACCUGAUCUCCAGCCCUAUCCACCACUCCUCCAAUCCACUUGAUCCAUGGAUCCACCAAUUCAUGAAUCACAAUCCAAUUGCCACCUCUAGUGGUAAUCGAUACAAUAUUGGUAUUCUAAUAUCAAAUAUCAAAAGGGCUAAUACCACUACAACACCCAAACUAUCCGAAAAAUGCCACUUGUGAUCCUAUUGUUUCAAAUAUUCAAUUCAUGUCAUGAACUAUUAUAUUUUGUGCCAUUUGUAUCCUGUCAAUUUCGUUGACCGUUAAAGAUAACAAUUGACCAAACGGCGGUCAACUUAACAUUGACUUUUGUUUACGUGGCAAUGCCAAGUCAUUGACACCACACAUUUUAAAUUUUGAAUUAAAUAAAAAAUUGAAAAAACUUUAAAUUCAAGAAUAUUUUUUAACCUAAAAUUAAUAUUAUUUUAAAAAGUAACAACAAUAAAUUGAUAUUAAAAAUAAAAUAAAAAUGGCUUUCUAAUCUCUUUUCUUCUCCCCGCCUCCGUUCUUCCUCUUAGUCAGAGACAGAGAGUGGCGGUGGUCGGCGAUACUGGAUUGGAAGUCGAGGCAGAGACAGAGACUGGCGGUUGAUUUGGUGCCUAUAAUUGCUCUGUCCGCCAUUUAAAGAGAGUCCUAGAUUGGAAGUAGAGAGAGAGAGAGAGAGACUGGAGGGGGGGAGAAGCAGCAGAACAAUAGUGAACGCCGGACUAGAGGGGGAGAAGCAUAGGGAUUUGAGCUCGAUGAAGCAGAGAAGCAGCGAGAGGGAGUUAGUGGGGGCGAUGGGAGAAGGGGAGUUGCUAGGGAGAGGGAGUGAAUCGUCGAUCUGGAGAAGAGAAGUAGGGUCGCCAGUGAAUCAUCAAUCUGGAGAAGAGAAUCGGUUGCGGCCACAACCUCCGUCAUCUCGACGGACUGCUUCGUUAGUGGCGUCUGCAAGAGCAGAGAUGAAGCGUCACAGACGAAUAUAGGGUCGGUGCAAUCAUUGACCUAUUCCUCUGUUGCCACCGGCAGGAACAGAUCUGCCAUCAUCGGUACUCUGAAUCACCAUUAUAGAUUGGGGGUGGGUGGGGAUUUCCAAGAACCCAAAAUCCUACUACCCUAAUCGAUGAACAAGAACCCUCCUCCUUCGAUCUCUUCUUUCCCUGGGAAAAAAAAUAAAAAACCAGACAGAUCUGAAAUAUUUUUUUCCGAGCAUCCUCGUGAACAACAGCAACCUCGCCUGUAUCCUCGUCAACUCCGGCGUCUUCGCAAGAUCCCCGACCUUAAUCGGGUGGAUUUCCUCCCGCACAAGCGCCUGCUGCUAACCUCUCUUUUGGCGAUCCGGAAAGAUUUGGUCGGAGUAACAGAAAGAAGAAGAAGCCAGACGUUGGUAAAAAAUCAGUUGAGUUAUUGUUUUAUUUUUGUAAUUUUCCAUAAUUUUUAUUUUGUUUUCCUUAUUUUAAUUAUUUUAUAUGGAAAAAUAAAUGAAAAUUGAUAAUAAAAAUUCCACGUCAGAUGCCACGUCAAUGAUGACUGGAUUUUCUGUUAAAUACUAACGGUCAACGCCGAUCAACACUAACGGAAUAAUAGUUCAGGAUACAGAUGGAAUAUUAGAAACAAUAGGACACAAGUGGCAUUUUCCGGAUAGUUUGGGUGUUGUAGUGGUAUAAGCCCAAUAUCAAAAUUCUAAAUACUAAACCGUAUUUUAAAUUCAAUCAUAAUUCUAAAAUAAGUUCGGUAUCCGUAUGUACCAAAUCAAUUCACUUUAAAAUUAUCAUUCUAAAAGACAAAAACAAAUACUUUUUCAUCUACCAGUAACUCUACAAACCAUUCUCAAAAUAUAUAAAACAAAUAAUGGUGUCAGUACUGGUACAAAAGAAAUCUCAAGUAUAAUAACAACAAACUAGAAAAAUGUUGGUGCUUAAGAAACAAAUUAACAAACUAAAACAAUACAAUAGAAUAGGGGUUACUAAACACCCCAUAAACAUGAAAUAAAUUUAAUAUGAGUUGAUAAAUAAUAAGGGAAUGAGCUAUGUAUUUGACGGUUGAGGGUCAUAUAGCAGUAGAUGAGGGAGUCUAGUUCGGAGGGAUAAAAUAUAUAUCAACUUAUUCAAUAUUGAUUGGUAUUUAUGUGGAUUAUAGCGACCUAAUCAUGCAAUCUCUAAUACCAAAUAAUACUUGAAAUUGAAU